AUAUCGUUUCACACGGCACUCAAACAUCACUUUGCAUUCAUGAUUCAGCAUUAGAACGCAAAAUAUCGGAAAUCAUUUCGAGUGGCCAGUUGUGUGACCAGUCGCGUUUGAUCAACAGAGAGUGUUGUUACGUUCCAUUUCUCCGCAACCGGUAUCUUGUAAUAAACCAAAAUGACCGUGAAGGGGGUUUGCGUUCUCAACGGAGAAGUUAAGGGCACCUUAUUCUUCGAACAGGCUGGAGAUUCUAGCCCCGUCAAAGUCACCGGAGAAGUGACUGGUUUAAAGCCUGGGCUACAUGGCUUCCACAUACACGAGUUCGGCGACAACACUAAUGGAUGCACCAGUGCUGGACCACACUUCAAUCCGUUAAGUAAGGAGCAUGGAGCUCCCACAGCUGAAAUUCGUCAUGUUGGUGACUUAGGAAACAUCGAGGCUGGAAAGGAUGGCGUUGCCAAGGUCAACAUAACAGACAAGCUGAUUCAGCUGCAGGGACCACACAACAUAAUUGGCAGAACAGUCGUGGUAAGUGACCGACUAAAAUUAUAUAUUUUUUUCCAUGAAAGACAGAUAUAUAGUCAGUCAAGGUGGCAAAAGACCAGGAAGGCUGGGAAAAGUCAAAGAAAAAUCAGGGAAUUAUGACGGACAUUGAAGGUGCAAAAUUUCUGGAGCUCUUGUUUGUAAAAGCUGCCCAGCAUUAUAAGAAAUUCUGAAUUUUUUAACUAGAAAAGUUAGGAAAUUGUAUUUAAGGGAAAUUGUCAUUGCCCUGAGUGCAUAUUAUGUUAAUAAUGUGCUAAAAAUUGUGGUGAAUAUCGCAGGUUCACGCAGAUCCCGAUGACUUGGGCCUAGGUGGGCAUGAGCUGUC